AGGCCGUUAAAAUUCUAGCUGUAUUUCCAUUUCCGGGUCCUUCGCAAUAUAUUUUGGUACAGCCCUACUUAAAAAUGUUGGCCUCCAAGGGCUAUGAGGUGACAUCGAUAAAUGCAUUUCCACAAAAACAAAAAGUGGCUAAUUUUCGUGAUAUACCAGUGACUGAGGUUUUUGAUAAUUAUGCGGAUGUAAUCUCUGGCGCCCAAGUGGAACGCAACAAAUGGGAUGAAAUGACAUUUCUGUCGGAAUUUUUCUAUAACAUAACCGAAACGGUUUUGAAAAAUCGCCAAGUCCAAAAUCUAAUGCAGAAUGAACAUUUCGAUUUGGUAAUAGUGGAGACGAUACUUACCGAUGCCUGGUACGGCCUGGGCAGGCAUUUCCAGGCACCCAUAAUUGGUGUAUCGUCAUUUGGUACAGAUCCGGUGAUUGAUGAACUUAUGGGUAAUAUGUCACCAUUUUCCUAUACCCCCUUGGUGACAAUUGGUUAUACGGAAAAUAUGACCUACAUGGAGCGGCUGUGGAAUGUAAUUUAUCAGCUACUGGAGCUACUGCAUGUUCGAAUGGUUAGCUUGCCACGUCAGAGGACAUUAAUGGCCAAAUAUAUGCCACACAUCAAAGAGGAUUUGUGGGAGCUGAGAUCGAAUUUUUCCCUGAUGUUAUUGAAUCAACAUUUCUCGCUGAGUUAUCCAAGGCCAUAUGUACCCAGCAUGAUACAGGUGGGUGGAUUUCAAUUACACUACAAAUCCAAUCCCUUGCCAGCUGAUAUACAGGAAUUUCUAAAUUCCACUCAAGAAGAUGUGAUUUAUUUCUCCAUGGGAUCAAACGUUAAAUCAAAAGAUUUUCCCCCGGAACGCCUCGCAAUGAUAAAUGAGAUCUUUCGCAAAUUGCCCUAUAAAAUUCUAUGGAAAUUUGAAAAUACCCAACUGCCCGGCAAGCCAGAUAAUGUUUUCAUAAAACCCUGGUUUCCCCAACCCGAUGUUUUGGCUCAUCCUCGGGUUAAGCUUUUCAUAUCACAUGGCGGCUUGCUAAGUACCACGGAAUCGGUGUAUCAUGGUAAGCCCAUGUUGGGAUUGCCAGUCUUUUAUGAUCAAACCAUGAACAUUAAUAAAGCCAAGCGCGCCGGCUUCGCUUUAUCUGUAAAUUUUUAUACUCUACCCAAAGAGGAAUUUGAAGCUGCCAUAUUGGAAAUGAUGAAUAAUCGUAAAUACUUGGAGAAAGCUAAAGAAAUUUCUAGAAUUUAUCAUGAUCAACCGGUAAAACCAUUGGAUCUGGCUGUAUUUUGGACAGAAUAUGUCUUGCGUCACAGAGGAGCACCUCAUCUGCAGUCUCCGGCUCAGAAAAUGAGUUUCGUAAAAAAACAUAGCAUUGAUACGGUGGGCGUUUUAAUUGCAGAAUUUGUAGUUAUUGCUUUGUUGUUUAUUUGUCCCGCAAAAAUAUUGGCAAUAUUUCCUUUUCCAGGACCUUCGCAAUAUAUUUUAGUUCAGCCAUAUUUGAAAGCUCUGGCUGCCCGAGGCCACGAAGUGACAUCGGUUAAUGCAUUUCCACAGAAAAAGGCGGUUGCAAAUUUUAGGGAUAUAUCCGUGACUGAGGUGUUUGAUAAUUAUGCAGGUGAGGAGGGUUUAAAAAGGAUUUCAAGGAUAGCUGAUGGGAACUGCAAACAACUAUGCCCCAUAUUUUAUAUUUUUUUCUUUUCAGACUUCAUAGCUGGAACCCAGGUGGAGGUCAGCAAAUGGCAAGAGAUGACAUUGUUUUCGGAAUUUUUCUACAAUGUCACCGAGACGGUAUACAAAAAUCAGGAAUUCCAGAAUUUACUACAUAACGAACACUUUGAUUUGAUAAUAUUAGAGGCUUUACAUACCGAUGGCUUGUAUUGUCUGGGCAGACAUUUUCAAGCACCCCUAAUUGGCUUGUCUUCUUUUGGCACAGAUCCUGUAAUUGAUGAACUAAUGGGUAAUAUGUCACCAUUUUCCUAUACGCCUUUGGUGACAAUUGGUUAUACGGAUCGCAUGACCUAUAAGGAACGGAUGUGGAAUGUAAUUUAUCAGCUAAUGGAGCUACUACAUGUCAGAUUGGUGGGCUUGCCACGUCAUCGGAAAUUGAUGGCAAAAUAUAUGCCACACAUUAAGGAGGACUUGUGGGAGUUGAGAACAAAUUUCUCCCUAAUGUUUUUGAAUCAACAUUUUUCGUUGAGUUAUCCCAGACCCUAUGUUCCCAGUAUGGUGGAAGUCGGGGGUUUUCAAAUAAACUAUCAACCCAACAAGCUGCCAGAGGAUGUUCUAGAAUUUAUAAAUUCCUCUCAGGAAGAUGUAAUUUACUUCUCCAUGGGUUCCAAUGUUAAAUCCAAAGAUUUUCCCACCGAACGUAUACAAAUGAUAAUUGAUAUCUUUCGCAAGCUGCCCUAUAAAAUUCUAUGGAAAUUUGAAAAUCCUCAAUUGCCAGUUGAAAAGCCGCCAAAUGUUUUCAUUAAGCCAUGGUUUCCCCAACCCGAUAUCUUGGCUCAUCCGAGAGUUAAAUUAUUUAUUUCCCAUGGUGGUUUGUUGAGUACCACCGAGGCCAUUUACCAUGGCAAGCCCAUAUUGGGUUUACCCGUGUUCUAUGAUCAAGCUAUGAAUGUUAAUAAGGCAAAGCAAAUGGGUUUUGCUUUGGGUAUUAAUUUUUAUACUCUACCCAAAGAGGAAUUGGAAUCGGCUAUUUUGGAAAUGAUGACAAAUCCCAGAUAUCGUAACAGAAUUAUGGAAAUAUCCAAUAUUUAUCAUGAUCAACCAAUGAAACCAUUGGAUGUGGCUAUAUAUUGGACUGAGUAUGUAUUACGGCAUAGAGGUGCAACGCACUUGCAGACCCCAGCCCAGAAAAUGAGUUUUAUAGAGAAACAUAGUAUCGAUACGGUGGGGGUUUUAAUAGCAGCUGUCAUUCUGAUACUGGUUUUGAUUGACGUCGCAAUAGGGAAGAUUUUUAAUAACUUGUUCUCGAUGAAGGAAAAUAAGCAAAAGGUUUAUUGA